ACCUAAAAAUGAUGACUCAUUCUCACAAGUUGUGUACUAAACAGAUCAUUUGUCAAAACCUGUCUCUCCAUCACACACCAGAACUGCUGACACUGACAGGAUGGAACUACAGGAGUGGACCCGUAUCUUCAAGAUGAAAGCAAUGAAUCUUCAACAAGACCACUCAUGGCAUCUGGAGUUUGAUGAAAGUCUUGUCCCUGAUUCUCCAAACUCAGGCUGGCAGCAGUACAUCAGGAACACAAGUGCAAGGUUCAGAUGCAGUGCGUGUGGAAGAAGCUGGCCAUCCAACCGGGUGAUGGUGGUUUUCCACAUGCGUCUGACGUACGGGCAGGGCACUGUCAAGGUCAGGCGUUUCCGUCAGAACUGCAAGAACUGCCAAGCAGCUCCGAUGGAGAACCCCAGCAUCUCCUCCGACAACAUCAACAUCCUUAUGGAGAACCUGGUGAAGAAGAUCAGGAUAAAAUGCUACCACGAGCAGCUAGAGAAAGCGGACAGGCCUUUUGUUAACCUGGAUGUCAAAAGUCCCCAUGAGCCCGCUCAUUGUGAGGCUUGUAUGGCCGGCAUCUGCACAAGGAGCUGAGAUGUGUUAGUAAUGAGUAAUACAAAAAAUAAAUUAAUAAUAUCAGCAUUAGAUCAAUUAAUGAUAUAAGACUCCUGUCACAUUGCUUCACUGCAUUGCUUCCUCUAUCAUAUUUCUGUGGUAAUCAAGUGACUACAAGCUUUCAUAUUUAUUCUUCUUGGCCGUAAAUUUGUCUUGGAUACAUUGAACAUGCCUACUUCAAAACAGAAAUGUAAUAUAUAAAUACAUAAUAUAGAAAUAAACGAGUAACAAAAUAAAUGUA